AUGUUGGGCAAGAAGGAUAAGAAGAAGAAGAAGGAGAAGAAGAAGAAGAAGACGGAGAAGAAGAAGAAGAAGAAGACGGAGAAGAAGGAGGAGAAGAAGAAGAAGAAGAAGAAGAAGAAGAAGAAGAAGAAGAAGAAGAAGAAGAAGAAGAAGAAGAAGAAGAAGAAGAAGAAGAAGAAGAAGAAGAAGAAGAAGAAGAAGAAGAAGAAGAAGAAGAAGAAGAAGAAGAAGAAGAAGAAGAAGAAGAAGAAGAAGAAGAAGAAGAAGAAGAAGAAGAAGGAGGAGGAGGAGGAGGAGGAGGAGGAGGAGGAGAAGGUUAAAAAUGCAGCAGAGUUAUAUAUACAGGUUUAG